AGAUCUCAUAUAUGCAGAUGUCAGCUAGCCUAAACCUCAGAGUGCUUAAGAAUGAGAAUAAUAACAGCAUUGCAGCUUAAAUUCUUAAUCUUUUGGAUUCUCUGUCUAGACUAGUAGUUAGUUAAUAAACUUAGAUUUGAAAAAGCAAAUAUGAUAUCACAGUGAUGCGGCGAUGGCUAUCUCAGAUAAACUUCUCAUAUUCUAUAUAUAUAUACUCAUAUAUCAGCACCAUGUCUUGCCCAGGGGCUGUGCCUAAUUUGGUUUCUGUCACUUUGAAUAAAUAUAGCAAUCAGCUUUGUACUGUGCAUGUACCUUUCUCCUGUUCCACUCUUCAACAGCCAUAAAUUCAUAAAUUCUACAUGUUUACCUACACAUCGCCGGUGACUUCAAUUACUACUACUACUACCCAAGUCAAAUAUAAUAUCUUGCCAUCAAAUUCCCACAAACAUUUCUUUUAAUUUAUUCUUGUUUGUUUCUCUCCACAAAGUGUUACAUGCAUUCACAAGCACAUCCAACAACCAUGCCACCUCCAACUGCUCCGACGAGGUCCCCUCCUCCACCGCCAUACUCCUCCGUAGCACCGACACAACCAAUCCCCUCCCUCCCUUCAGACGCAAAAACCACACCCCGAAGACCCCCCAAACCCACCCACUCCCACUCCAACCCCCUCCCCCUCCCCAACGCCAAACACACCCACCGCUCCCGCCCCCGCCACAACAGCACCUACGUGCCCCCCGACGUCAUCGACUACCUUGACAACAUCACCCCCUUCCACUACCACCACGAAGGCCCCUACGACGCCGCCAGCCCCUACAGAAACAGAUCCUGCCACAGCUACAACCCUAUCGAUGCCCUCAAGUCGUCCAACGAGGAGGCGCUGAAGGCCACCCCGCCGGGCAAGAUCGCGGACUGCAUUUGGCAUGCCAGGCCGCUGGAUGGGGUUGCGUUUUACCCACCGGGCUCGACGGAUCCGGAGGGCAACACGUAUGACUAUGAGGAAGGGUGGAAUAUGAUGACGGAGGAUAGUGGGGAUUUUAGGAGGUGGCCGGGGAUGAAAUUCCGCGAUGAGGAUUUCAAGAAUGACCCUGCGUACAUGGGACUGUUGAAUGGCCCAAGUUGGUCAUUUCCUAGCCUAUUUCGUCGUCGUCGUCGUUCUUAAAAAAGACUACUACUCUACUAACGUCGGGCUGGGUUCCUUCUCCUGCUUCGUACACGCUACAUUUUAUUUGCUUUUAUAUAUUCUUUUUUUUCUUUUUUCUUCUUAACUGGCAGUAUGUAGCCUUCAUUAGCCAGGAUGGCAUGGGUAUGGAAAUUAAGAUGACUUACAUUUUGGCGUCGUUAAAUUGGGGGUGGGUGGAAUUACAAUUUUCGGGCGAACAAUCGGAAGUGCAGGGUUAGUUAUGCGUGUGCAUAUUGUGUUCGUACUGUUUUGACGUCUCAGGAUUGUUCAUUUUGCUGGACCAUUGGUUAAAAUAUUGGGAUUGUACAUGUAGUUAGUCUACAUUAUUGGGGUGUUUACAGGAAAGAAAAAAGAAAAAGUCUGUAUUGCAUCAUACGACUGGAGUUAAUAGGUUUUAUAUUUGAAGCAAAAUAUAUGAUGAAAACCCUGGUCAUUAAAGGUGGAGAAUUUCCUUUUUGAGGGUCUUGACACUAUGUAGGAUAGUUGAAAUAGAGAGAUAGAUCAUCAUAACAACAAACAUCAAAUGCUUGCUUACACCCACUUUGUGGCUUGUGGAGCUCUCUACCACUUUCACUCUCUAAUCCCUCUAUCACUGUUACGCGCUACACGUCCACGUUACGCGUCAUACGCGUAUUUCCCAUCAUGCCUGUGUAAUCCUCAGAACGCCCACUUUUUCCUCCUUUAUAUAUUCUCAUUCUCCCCCAUCCUAGCUAGCUAGAAGAGAAUGGAAUUCAACUUUGUUGAAUAACAUUAUAU